GUAAAAGGUUAUAUAAGCAAAGAACAGAGCCUGAGGAAACUCAGAGUACCUCGUGAAGUCAAAGAGCGCAAACAAGGAGCAGCAAGUUUGAAAAGAAAAAAACACACACAAACCUCUGUUUAUUUAUUAAUAACAAACUAUCUUCCAGCUACUAGUUCUGCAACACAAUAAUAAUAAUAAUAAUAAUAACAACAAUAGUAAUAGUAAUGAUAAUAAUAACAAUGAUCAUUUGUUCAUAUCUAUAAAGCAAGUUAAGCAGAACACAACAGUAACAACAAGAUCAAUCUCAUCAACAAGAACUGUAACAGCAACAAUAACAGUAAUAAUAAUAAUAAUUAUUAUUAUUAUUGUUAUUAUUAUUAGAAGUGAAAACAAAAGCAACUACAAUAACAAAGGCAAAAUAACAGAGGUUGUUGGAGCUUGUAAUGUAAUCCUUGGCAAAAUCUAUAAAGACAAGAAAAAGCAGAAAAAUGGAUGACAAAGAUGUGAUAAUAAUAAUAGUAGUAACAGCAGUAAUAAUAAUGACAAUAAUAACAAUAAUAUCAAUAAUAAAACAAUUUCAAAGGAAGAGAAUAGAAAACCAGCAACAAACUUUGAAAACACAAUCUUCUGUUGUAAUCAGUGAAAUCAGAGAGGGAGAAGAAGAGAAAGUAUAAGGAGAGAAAGAGAGAGAGAGAAAGAGAGAGAGAAAGAGAGAGAACAAUAGUAAAUUAAAAGGCAAAGGAAAAAGAAAAGAAGUGAACGACUGAAGGACAGAAAAAGUAACAAACCUACACACACACAGUUACACGUGUAUAUAUACACAGACACACACACACACACACACAUAUAUAUAUAAAUACAUUGAUAUACAGACCAAACUGUAGAAUAUACAGUGAGAGAGAGAGGAAGAGAGAGAGAGAGUAGUAAAGUGACUGAAAUGGUAAAAUUCCAAGGCAAAAUGGAUUUGUAUUUCUGUAUAUUUCUGAUUCUAGCAUUUGUGGAGAAAUUGUUUGUUGAAGGAGCCAUUAUUGGAGGGAACUGCACUUUACCAGACAUCCAAAAUGGAUUAGUUGUACAUUUUAACCCUGAUGAACCAAAGAUAGUUCGUCAUAAUGAAAUAGUUGACGUGAGUUGUAACAAGGGUUACAGCUUGGACGGUUCACCAGAAAUCAUUUGUCGUAAUGGAUUAUGGACCACAGAUCUACCUGUCUGUCAACCAAAAAAAUGUUCUGUAGUCUCCAUACCCAAUGGCAUCAUUACAUCAAACAGUUCCUCGACCGAACCAAUCUCACACAAGACCUACAUUUACAUAAACUGUUCGCAGGGUUUUGUUUUAGAUGGAAUAAGUUCUCUGUUUUGUAACUUUGGUAAAUGGUCCUCAGAAAUACCUUCCUGUAUUCCAAUGCACUGUCAGCCUGACGAUGUGGACAAUGGUAUUCUCAUCCACGAAGGAAUUGUGGUCCAGUCCAGCAAGAAAAUCCCUCACGAAGACACCAUAAUGGUCAGCUGUCUGAAUGGUUACACUGUAUCGAGAGAUUUCUCUCACCUGACUUGUCAAUUUGGUAAAUGGUCUCACUCAUUCCCUUCAUGUGAACCAGAGCCAUGUGUUCCAUACAAAGUUCCAAAUGGAAGAGUCUUAUAUUCUGGCCAAGACAUUUCAGCAGAAACCAAAGUCCAUGACAGCCACACAGCAACAGUCAUCUGUGGUUCCGAUUACAUACUGCAUGGUGAAAGUGCAUUGACCUGCUCCAAAGGGGUUUGGUCUGAUGAAUUCCCUACAUGUCUCCCUAAAUUCUGUUCCAGUCAGUUAGUUGCUCAAGGAGAAGUUCUAUAUUUUGGCAAAGAACUCCAGAAAGAGACCAAUAUUGAACACCGCUCAAGUGUGUAUAUCACCUGUAAACCUGGAUAUGUCAACAUUGGAUCCACCAAAGUGACGUGUUCUUAUGGACAUUGGUCACAAAACUUUCCUACUUGUGUUCCAAGAAGUUGUCAUGCCCAGACAGUUCUUCAUGGAAUGGUAAAAUAUCUGGAACAGAAAUUAAUAAACGUCUGUUCAACAUUAUCCGAUGGUUUAGUGUCACACAGUCAUGUCAUAUCAGUUGAGUGUUUAGAGGGUUUCAAAUUACAAGGAAGCGACAUUCUCACCUGCAAGUUUGGAAACUGGAGUGACAAUUUCCCAGAAUGUCAUCCAGCCAGUUGUGAUACAGAAGCAGUCGAAAAUGGAGAGGUUGUUGACGAAGAGGGAAAUGAAAUAACAACCGCAGUUCAUUCUCAACAAGUCUUGAUUCUCUGUAACAAUGGUUACCGACUUCCAAGAGAGAACGCUGCAAGUAUGAUAAAGUGCUAUUAUGGAGAAUGGACGUACCCUUUCCCUUCUUGUGUUCCAGCGAACUGCUCAGCCAAUGCCGUAUUAAAUGGUCAAGUGAGUUACAAUGACAGUGUUGUUGAUUUCAACAUGCUUGACCCGAAGCCUUUGCAGGUGCCUCACAAACAAUAUGUGGAAAUAUCUUGUAUGAAAGGUUUCAGUACAACGGAUCGAGCUAAAGUCAUGUGUGUGUCAGGCAAAUGGUCACAGCGCUUUCCAACAUGUUACCCACAAAGCUGCAAUGCAUAUACUGUAGAGAAUGGAAUCACACAAAUUGUAGAGCAGAAUGCAGUUUUGACGGAAUGGAGUCAUCCUGUGCUUCACGGACUGAGUGUUAAUAUCAGCUGUAAGGUCGGGCAUGAGUUGUCUGGACCUUCUAAUUUAAAGUGUCUCUAUGGAAACUGGACAGGAGAUUUUCCAGAAUGUACACCAAAGAGUUGUUUGGUUGAAAAAGUGAAGAAUGGUAAAGAGAGGUAUAUCAAUGAAAAAACCACUUCAUUUGUGAAGCAUGAUAUGUUUCUACACAUAAGUUGCGAUGAUGGUUACCAACUCAUUGGUUCCAGUAAAAUUAAAUGUUCCGGAGGUUUCUGGUGCUCUGCUUUACCAUCAUGUGAACCGAAGCAAUGUCAGGUGAAGGAGGUACCUGGUUGCAACAUUCAAGUAAAUGGCAAACAACUGGUCGUUUACGAUAGACCGGUGGAGCAUCUAAGCAUCGCUGUCAUAAAAUGUCAUCGUGGCUUUGUCGUCAAUGGAAUACCAAAAGUGCAAUGCCUCUUUGGUAAAUGGUCCUCGGAAUUUCCCACUUGUAAAGAAUUGGUAUGCGAAGCACCGACCAUCAUGAAUGGAAAAUUAAAGGACGUCUCAACUGGGAAGUUUGUAAAUGCCGGAGACACUGUCGCUGCCAAUGUCUCGCUGACGGUUGAGUGUGACCGUGACCACAGUCUCAAAGGACCACCAAUUGUUGCUAAGUGUGAUAUGGCAAAAUGGACCAAUGAGCUGCAGUCAUGUGAAAAAAAUACCUAUUGUAGAGAAUUGAAAGUGGACAAGGAAGUUCAGGUCAAUUACAAUUACCCCUUGUCAGAAGGUUCCGUGGCAAAGUUUACUUGUAAAAAUGAUUUCUGUUUUAAGAGUAAUGACGAGAAGGCAAUCUGUGGCAAAAAUGGACAAUGGAUAAUUGGCAACAUUCCCACAUGUGAUUGUGGUUCUUGAAAUGGGAAUUCUUUGCAAGAGACCAAUCCAUAUCAAAGACCAAAGCAAAUCGAUGAAAUACAUCAAAUAUCGUUCUUUAGUUCUUGGAUCAGCUCUCUCUCACUUGGCAUUAUUUUUGAUGCCAUUCAAGUAGAACCGAAUCAAAUAAAAUUAUUUAAUCACC